UAGCCGCGCGUACUCGAGGUAAAUACGUGCGUGUGUAUAUAUAUAUAUACAUACACAUAUAUACAUAUGUAUCUCAGUUUCGCGUCGUCGUUUCGCGACGUAGCCAAAGGGGAACGAGAGAAGUGCGCGUACGUCGAUAAAUAAGAGAAUAAUAAAAGUAAGAGAGAGAAAGAGUGAGAAGAGAAGAGUAGAAAAGAGAAAGAGAGAAAGAGAGAGAGAGAGAGGGGGGAAAAAACCCGAGUUGUGCGCGUAUCUCGCUAGUGGAGUUUCUUCCUCGUUUGAGAGGAAUCAUUCUCUUUUCCUUUCUUUUAUUGUUCAUUAUGCGAAUUAAAAGAUAUUCGUAACUUUGAUCUACGUUGUGUUGUAACAGUGAUUGGGAAGGGGAAUAAAAAAAAAGAAGAGGAGAAAACAAAAUACAGAAAAACCCACGCACGUUUACACAUACACACAUACGAGAGAGAGAGAGAGAGAGAGAGAGAGAAAGAGUGAGAUUGAGUAGAGGAGAGGAGAGAUACGCAAACACACAGUGGAGAAAAAGUAGAAGUAAAUAAGCAAGAAAAGGGACGAAAAACGACGACACGGUGGUGUUCCGCUUGGGAAGUCGAAAAAUGCGAAGGGGACGAAGCGUCGCGUUACACCGCCUCCUCGUCGUCGUGGCCCUGCUCUCUCUUUCUGCGGCUGCCUACGCUUUGCCAGCAGGUAACAACAACAAGCGAUCAAGGACGUGCGACAUCUCGAGCGUGGAGACAUCCUGUGCCAAGAAUGAAAGAUGUGUCCAGAAAAAGAUCAAUGAUCAGAUAGAAUCGUUGUGCGACUGCGAACAAGGUUACGAAUACGUAAAGGAUGAUGAGUGCAAGCUUAGUGUAUCGCAGAUUCUAAUCAAUUCGACAACGUUCAGACCAGAUUACGCAGAGGAUUCAGGAGGUAGCUCAGUAGCCGCCGGUCUUUUGAUACCAACUUUCCUCAUAAUAAUUGGCGUCAUACUAUAUUUCGGUGCGAGACGAUAUAGUUGGCUCCAACGAUUUCGACAAUACCGGCAACGUCGUUACGGCAACGUCCUAGUCACAAGAGACGACGAUGACGAUGACGAUCCUCCAAUAGCGUAAGAAAAGAGAAAAAAUGUUUGGAAAAGAAGUAAAUAAGAGUAAAAGAAUAUGUGUAUGUGUAAAACGAGAGAAAAAAAGAAAGAAAAAAAGAAAAGAAGAAGAACGCUUUGAUCGAGACGCACCUGCUCGCCAUGAUAAGAUAGAUCGUCAUCGAUAGAUGUCAAAAUAUUUAUAUACAUACUACAAUAUCGAAUAUUUCGAUCGUCAGCAAAGUAUAAUAAACAUCGCGUCGUACUUUUGUAUAUGCGCAUUUUUGUAUGCCACUUUCAUUUUUGAAUUUUUCUUCUGUAUAAUUUUUUUUUUCUUUUUUAUAUAUACACGAGUAAUAACAAGAUACGAUCGAACAAUAACAAUUAUCGAACAUGGCAGGUGAAACGAAUCGAGAAGCCAAAUGUAAAGAGGUACUUGAGUGAGAAAUGAUUUUUUAAAUACCUUUUUCAAUAUCAGCGGUAUGUGCCUUUUCUUACGGCUAAUCCACCUCUAAUAGUACCGUUUGUAAUUUUUUGAUUAUUGACUACUCGUUUCUCAUUCAAGUGCAGCUAUAUCUAUAUUUAUAUAAAAUAUAUAUAAAUAUAUAUAUAUAUAUACACAUAUAUAUAUGUAUAUAUAUAUAUAUACAUAUAUAUAUAUACACAUAUAUAUAUGUAUAUAUAUAUAUAUAUAUAUAUAUAUAUAUAUAUAUAUACACAGACAGACAACAAACAUACAUAUAUAUAUAUUAAAAUUGGGUGCGAUGCGAUGAGCUGCCCAUUUGAUAUUCUCCUUAAGAUAUACUAUCGUCGAGUGCAUGAUUUUUUAUAUUAAUAUUUGUAUGUUUGUAAAUUUGAUGUCAACAUAAAUAUAUAUAUAUAUAUAUAUAUAUAUAUAUAUAUAUAUAUAUAUAUAUAUACAUACACAUAUAUAAAUAUAAAUUCGAGACAAUUAAUGAAAGUAACACGACGCGUUCUAUUAUAAACAAGAUGGGAACUAUAAUAGAAUUAUGUUUAAUAUAGUUGUUUUUCAUUUUCGAUAUGAUUGCGAAUUUCUGUAUUCAAUAAUGCAAUGAAUACGAAACACGUAACGCGAUUCUCUGUAUCUGUUUUAUAACGUAUUGAAUUCAUUAUCGAAUAUUAAGUUCUAAUAAAUAUGUUAAACACUUUGGCUACUUAGAAUAAUGUAUUUUUUCUUUUUUUGGUACAAUGAACUAAGCAUAUUUUUUGUACGAUAUGAUUCAUUGAUUAAUAACUAACGACACUAUUCUUGUCGGAAUCGCGUUACGUUCGAUGAUUGAAUAAUUAUUUUCUUUAUGUAGUCUUGUUCCUUAGAAAAUAAUUUUAAAUUCGGUUGAUUCACAACGAUGUUCGUUUUAACAAAUGUUAUCGUUUACCAAAGAAUCGGUGAAUUCAAAUGUAGCCAUUGGUUCCUUGUCGAAUGGACGUUGCGAAAUAAUGAUAUUUAAAAAAAGAAAAAAAAAGGAAAAAAGAUAUAAAGAAAAAGAAUAGAAAGAAAGAAAAGGAAAACGAGAGGAUAAGAAAACAUUAACGAGAAGUUAACUUUUAAAUUACAAGACAUAUGGGAACAUACACCAGUUAAAUUUUAAAUUACAAGACAUGUGGGAACAUACACCAGCUUUUAUACCAAAACUAUAUUGAAUUUCAUAAUCAUGCUCAAUGUCCUUUUCUCUGUAAUAUAAUAAAAAAAAUUUGUAAAUAUUCCUUUUUAACAAACACGGCAGUAUAUUUCUUGCCAAUAAUUCAUGUCCUAUAUUGUAAUCUAGAAGAAGAUUAUAUUCUUAAGGUGCACGAGCUUCCGCUCGCAGAUAAUAAUCGUGGAGCACUUGCGACAUAUUACAUUUAUACGUAUAAUAUGUAUAAUUAUAUAUAUGCAUAUAUAUAUAUAUGUAUAUAUGUAUAUGUGUGUGUAUAUAUGUACGUUCUUGAGCAUAUACAUACGUAUGUAUAUUCACGCGCAUGUAUAUGUGAUUCGUGCAGCAUGUAUGUGUGUGUGUGUGUGUGUAUACAUAUAUGUAUGUAUGUAUGUAUGUAUACGUGUACAUACGUGUAUAUGCGUGUAACCUAUUCUUGUACUCUAUCAUUUUUGUACAGAAAUAAGCAUUAUAAGCAAGAUAGAUAUAAAUUCUGAUUUUUAUGCGUAGAUAAAAGCGGAUGUUCGUCUGUAUUAUGGCAAGAUUUAAUAUUUUUAUAGUUCGCAAGCCCAAACUUUAGUGAUUACGAAUGGUACUCGCGAAUUAUUAUUAUUAUUAUUAUUAUUAUUAUUAUUAUUAUUAUUAUUAUUAUUAUUAUUAUCAAUUAUUAUCUUUAAGUUAUCUAUUUUCCGCGUCGAUUUAUAUUCUGUAAUAAAAAGAAAUUAAUUAAUUACGCGAGGACUCUUUUGUUUAUUUGUUGUAUCGUGCAUGUAUCAGGUUGUUGUCAUUGUUGCAUUGCAGUGAUUUGACUGAAUAACGUAAUAUCGUAACUGUUAAUUGUUUUUAGCAAUAGCCAUGCAUACGCAAAUCUUCAUUGAAACAUGUUAUACACUUGUUACAGUAUUAUACAUCCCUGUUUCGUCGAGAUGGUCUUAUAAAUAAUUAUUUUUGAGCUUCCUUUGAA